CACCGAAUUCAUUCAAGAUGGCGGGAUUCGAGAGAGCAAAACAACACUUCCCUUUGCAGAAAAUCGACGACGUUGUGGAUUUAUUUAGAGAUCAGUUGAAAAACUCUGAUGGGAUCGACUUAAGUUUACUUUCAAUUAUAAUAGGGACUAUUGAGAAUUCGCUGACAAUAAAUAGAUCGGCAACAACAAACCGGGAAAGUGAGCUGAAUCUGCAACCGAUUUUUCCUAUCAUAGAAUGGGAGACAAUCGAAGCUUUGUAUACAAAAUUUGUGACUCAUAUUAAGAGCACUGUCGAUUUGUCUCAGUAUCCUGACAAAUAUGCAUCAAGAGAACUUGUCAAGAAGCUCUCUGAUGUCAUCUGGGGAGGACUGACGAGGGCGUUUUACAAAGAUAGAGCACAUCUCCAGUCCCUCUAUAGUUUUCUUACAGGCAACAAGUUAGACUGUUUUGGAGUGGCAUUUGCUGUUGUAGCAGCGUUCCAGGUUCUGGGAUUUACUGAUGUCCAUCUGGCGCUGUCCGAGGAUCACGCCUGGGUUGUGUUUGGGGAAGGCCAGCAAUACUCAGCAGAGGUCACAUGGCAUGGAAAAGGCAAUGAAGACAAAAGGGGCCAGCCGAUCAAUGAGGCGGUGUCUGAGAAGCGCUGGCUCUACCUCAACGGGCACCCAGUCGUGUGCGACUUGGAGAUGGAGGUGGCUGCCAUGGUGUCUGCGAUCAAUCCGUUCAUAACUGUCUCCAUCGACAGUGUGGAGAUGGGAUCCUUACAACAGGAAUUGCUAUGGUUGCUGUACGAUAUGGGACAUCUUGCCAAAUAUCCAAUGGCACUGGGCAACCUUGCAGACCUUGAGGAGAUAUGUGAAACCCCCGGGCGGCCUCCACCUGUAUCCCUGUUUAACGAGGGGGUGGAGUCAGCGGUCCAUUUUUAUGACAACCAGCACAUUUACCCAUACACGUACCUAGCAGGCCAUCUGUACCGAAUGGGGAAAUAUCGGGAAGCGCUGGAAUCAUGGGCUAAGGCAUCUGAUGUUGUCAAGAAUUACAACUACAACAGAGAAGAUGAAGAAAUAUAUAAAGAAUUCAUAGAAAUUGCAAAUGACUGGUUGCCGAACGUGAUGAAAGUUGUAUCCAAUGACAACGCUUCUAGACUGCGACGCUCCACCCUUCUUCAUGACACGGAAUCAUACAUGAAUUUUCUCCGAUUCUACGAUGGUAUUUGUCAGUGGGAAGAGGAUAGUGCAACACCUGUUCUGCACACAGUGUGGGCGAAACAGUUUGUGUACUCGUUAGGAAAGUUUGAUUCUCGGGUGAGAAAAUGUAUCCAUAUUCAUGCUCAGGGAGAGGUGGAUGAAUCAUCCAGUGAAAAUGAUAGUAGUGAAGAUGAAAAUGAUGUUAACUGUGAUGUAAAUGGCAAUGGAAUUGUUAAGGAAGAUAACGAGAAAGUCUCUGUUAGGGGAAGUAAGAAGCGAAAGAGGUGUAAGAGUGGAAAAGCCUUGGAAAAUGGGAAUGGCACAGAAACUGUUGUCAACGGGGGUAAUGAGGAAGAGAAAAUCAAACAUACAAUUGAGGAACUUGUCUCUAAAGUUGGUGGAAGUGACAGUCAGAGGGAAACGCCCCCUAACCCCAAUAUCGCAGCUCUAGCCCAAGCCUGUGGGGAGUCCAUUUUAAAUCCAGACUAUCUGUUGACAGGCGGAGAGCCUUUCACUAGCGGGACCACAACAUCUACUCCCUCAUCAACAAGUGAGAGGGUCAAUGUUGAUUUGAACGAGUUUCUGAGCUCUAAGUCUAAUAGUACGCCAUUUGUUGGUAUGACCGUUGACUCAAUGUUGAAAGCAGAGAGUCCAGCCGACAUGAUGAUGUUCAGAAAACCACCAGAUAGCGCCCCUUCAGAAGAUCAUCAGACUCCUGAGCCAACUGAUCAGAAUACAAACUCAGAAGUUGAUGCGAUUACAUCCGGUGGGUCGUUGGAUCAUGAUGGUGAUAAAAUGGCAGAUGACAAUAAACUUGGAGAUAGUUUUGCUGUGGUCACCCCUGAACCAGUGGAUCUCUUGCUGCACAGUCAGAAAAUGAAGGGUGUGCGGAAAUUAUUGUCAUCGGCGAAAUUAAAUUCAAGUGCAAUAACUCUGCAGCUAACUGCGCAGUCUCAGACAGACUUUGGGAGAAACAAGAGAACUGGAUUGGAGGUGGAAGUUUCUCAUACAAGAAAGAGAAAGAGGAGGGAAAUAUUCUAAGAUCAUGAUAUUAAUAUUUGUCUUUGUUGUUUACUAUUGAUUUGUGCUGUUUCACUGUUUUGUUUGUUCACAUGUUCAAGUUUUUGUCUGUUAUUUGAUCGUUACUGCAGCCAUGUUUGUUUCAUACAAUGUAGUUAGAUGAUUUUUUUUGCUCAUUUUUUUUUAAAAAUGAAAAUGUGAUCCUAACAUGUCUAUGAAUCAUGAAGUGCUAAAUGUUUGUAUUGAAUUACAAAAAAAAUACAGCUGUGAGUCCUGUAUGUAUUCUAUUAAAGUUGUUUCACUUAAGUUUAAGUUUUUAUAGUUCUGUGGAAAUCAGAAUAUUUUGUCUUUGAACUUGAUGGUUAUUAAGAUUUUAAUGAAUUUUUCGAAUAUUAAUUAGUUAUUACCGUGUUCCUUUUUUUUAAAUAUAUGAAUUUCUAGUACAAUGGAAUUUUAGGUUGUCCCAAAUAAUAUUCAAGAAGAGGCAUAUGAUAUCGGGUAACAUUAGUCCAUAUCAAUCUCAAUACAAAUUAUCUCCCUUGUUUAACCUUUUUUAUGUGUUUGACAGGCACAUAAUUACAUCAUUAAUGCAUUUAUUUCUAAGACAAAGCGUCAUAUAGUUUUUGAGAGCUGUCCUACAUCAUCCAUCAUUUAAAAUGGCCCCUUCUUUUCAUUGGGCCCCAAGUUUUCACAUUCUUGGCAGAACACUGCGUGACUUGGAGAUUAAUCAUGAUGGAAUGCUCGAUAUAUGCAUAUUAAACCGCCUUGGCACUGUAAAACUUCAAUAGUAAAUCACUGUGAGGUUAACCUUUUUUCCUACCUGAUAGUAAUUAUUCAAGUUUUAGAAGAUUUCAUAAAUGUGGGAAUUACAUACAGUAACAUAAAUAUAGUAAUGCUAUGUGCAUGGUUUCAUACAGUAACAUACAUGUUAUGUGCAUUUAACCAUGCAAGUAUUGGGUUCAUGUAAAUUAAAAUAUUUCUUAAAUAAGUUUGACUUACUGCUUGUUGAUCUAGUCACAUAGUUCACGGUUCUAAGAUUACCUGGUAAACAUUGAUAGCAUGUUUCAAGGGAUGGUUGUAAGACUGUAGUAUGUCCUUCUAUCAAUUCAGGUAGUUGCUACAGUCUUGCCGACACCUCUUGCUUUAUCUGGUAUUAUUAACAAGCAAUUCAAUUUAGAAAUUGUAAAAAAAAAUAUUCUUCACUUUAUUUUUACAACUUUGUUAUUGAAAAGGACAGCAUCGCAGGUUUUUUUCUCUUACCAUUUCGAGUAUGGGGUCGGGCCAUUCUGAUUGGGAAAAUGCUUCAUUUUGACUUAAAGUGGUAAUGCUUUAAAAAAUAGACAGAAAAAAACAAAGGAUGUGAUUAAGUUCUUUAAGGAAACACCAACACGUCUAACAAAAACAGUUUGGGGUCCAAUUAUUUGAUGAAAUAAUACUCUCUUUUUUGUUAGAAACUGGAAAUUUCAUUUUCAAAUGUUGGAAAAGGUAUAUGUCGAAGCAUUUGUGGAAUAGGGCUGAAAUUCGUCCCCAAAUUAGUCAGAAAAAAAAUCUGCAGCGUGAAGUAUCCUUAACUUGUUUAUUGUUUCCAUUGGCAAACAAGGUGGCUGUUGAUAACAUCUUGUUUUACUUGUUCUAACUGAGUGUACAUAUAUGGUCAAGUUUCGUUAUAUUAUUGGGGAAAAGGGACUAUACAGUGUAUGCACAUGUAUUUAUCAUCUAAUUUGUUAAGUAUGUGGAGCAGAGGGUCUCAAGUAAUGUUUUAGAUUCUUACAUGUAUAGAUGAAGUUUACCUGGAAAUCAUUCAUAUAAUUUUUAAACAUUUUCUUUUAAAAGUGCAUGUCCUAUUUUAUAAUUUUGAAUUGUAAUACUUUUAAUGCGUUUUCAGAAUGUAAUUGUUAUAAGAUUUUUAAUUCACGAUUACUUUAAGAAUCGUUUUCAUUUUCUUUUCUCUUUGUCUGUGAUAAAUGUAAUAGGAAAGAAAUUCUAUGAUGUGUGUAUUCAUUUGCAGUGAAAUAUCCUUAUACUGCUUUGUUCAUGUUUCAGUUUAUAUUUUUUUAAAUGAAUCAAGAAAGUGGAAGUAUUUUAAAAUGAGCAUAGGGCAUUAACUUGUACAUGUCUCCGGUAUAAUGGGCCGUGGUUCUCUCUUUGACAUAAAAAUUGUAUAUUAUAGUAGUGUUUGAUAUAAAUAGCUGUUAAUUACAGGUGUAUAUAGGGUCCAAAUUGCCUUUGAAAGGGUUUCUGCUAGUUUUACUGUGUUUAAGGUUUGCUAUUUUUUGUUUUUCUUGCCUACAUGUAGAUUUUUUCUUUGAAAUUGUUCUUUAUACAGUCUAGAAAAAAAGUGUUGAUUUUACAAGCAUAGUAUGGGCUGGUACAAUAUAAUGGAAUUAUACCCUGAAUAUGGAAUAUGAUGGGAAAUGAUAGGAUUGUUCGUUUCAGUUGCUGGAGGUUCUUGGUUCAAUCUCGACAACAUAAUACCAAAAGGCGUUUAAAUAUGAUAUAUUAAAAGAUGCCUUGUAACAUUUUAGAAUUCGAAAAGACAAGAUGUUAGUAAAUACAGGCCCCUGGUUUAGGAAACUAAUGAUAUUCAUGUUAGUUAAAAACUGUCUUCAAGCUAAAAUAAACUAGUAUAAUGUUAAGAAAUUUCAUGAUAUUUCUACAUGAUAACAUUGAUAAAUACUAUACCUCAAACUUCAUAUUUUAUGUUAAUUAGAUAGAGACAAAAAUGUGAUACUGUUGAUGAUUGUAAUUUGGGUGUGUAUCUUUCAUGUGUAGUUCUAGCAAAUGUUUGCAGGCAUACUAAGUUCAUUUCUCUGCCAUAAUAUCAUGUGACUUUUAGUUUAAAAGAAUGUUUUGUUUCUUGAAGUUGUUUACUAAAUAUUGUCUCAGUUUAGUUUUGGUCCAAGCGCGUACAAAUGUAUUUAUGAUUUGAAUGUAGCUGAAUGGUGCAUACAUACUAUGUUAUAUUGUUUUGAGAUGUAAUUUCUUUUUUCUUUACAAACUAAUACAGAAUUGAGGACAUACACUUGGUAUAUUUUUUUAACAUACAUGUACCAAAGUAUUCACAUUGAAAUGGCAAAACUAAUUUUGAAUUUGUAGAUACAUUUUUUUUGAAGCUGUUUAUGAUAAACAUAUUAUGUGUAGACAUUGAUCGAUCUUCAUUUUAUAUUGAUUUGCAGGUCAAAUUCUCAUCUUUCUCUCUUUGAGAUUCAUUGUCAUUUAGUUGUACAUGUAGAUACAUUUUUAGAUUUUCAUUUGAUUGGUCUAAUCUGCAACAUUAUUUUAUCAAAAUUUGUUUGGUUUUGUCUGAUUUUGCAAGGUUUAAAGUUUGCACUCUUACAGAUUGAUCAAUUUGAAAAUAAAAAAAAUAAAAUUGUCUUUGAAUCUGCCAAUUUUUGAUUCAAUGUCGGGAAACCAGUAAUAUAAGACUGCUGACAAAAGAUCAUACUGCAGUUUAUCAUAUUUAUUUUCAAAAAUUGGUGUUUUGUAGCUUAAAGCGUUUCUAACGCUUUAAGAAAAAUUAUAUUUAUCAGCAGUUUACCAAACGAUUGAGAUCUGUUCUAUUGUGAGUUACCUAAUAUGGCUGAAUUAAAGCAUUGGUGCCAAAAUCAGCCGAUUCGUAUACAAAAAAUAAAAAAAGUGACAAAAUUGAAAAUCUGUGAUAGUUUGCAAAGUGACUUCUCAUAUUAUCAUUGAAUGACAUCUGUAAAUGAAUAUUUCACAAGGGUUUUUCUUAGCUUGUAAAUGGUUAAGGUAUUGUGAUAGCCUUGAUAUCAUGUGUGGCAUCAUAGUGCAAAACUUAAACCUCUUCCGGCCAUAACUAACCAAAAUUCAAGAUAUUUUAUUGAUACCUGGUGCACAUGUUGCAGGAGGCAAUUAAUAAGGGUUGAGUUUUGCUACUUGAUAACUUUAAUAUGCCGUUACUUAAUAACUGGGUAAGAAAAUAAUGGGAAACUUUGUACAAAUAAUACUACUAGCAAUGUGCACAUGUGCAGUAAGGCCCAGAACUCUUGCUUUAAUAGUUUUUGAGUUAUGUCCCUUGUUUUACUAAAAAUGUCGGUGUUCGCUCCACAACGCUAUUGUUUGAUACCUUGUAAGUUUGCGAAAACCUUCGCAAUAUUAAAACAAUCUGCUGUGUUAUAUAAUGUUAAAUCAUGCAUGCCUUCUUAUUGGUAGAACUAUUCGGUUGAAGUAAGAUUCAUCAUAACUCUUACAAUUGAUACAUUCCUUACUGUUCAUGCUGUAUAUAUUUAAGUGUUGUGUCUGUGCUAUUGUGCUUGAACUAUGAAGUCCAUGGAGUUUUGAUUAUGUAAAUGAAAUUUGAUUUUUUAAACUACUUGUAUUUUCUGCCUUGUAAUACUUGUUAUGUAUUUUUUAAUUUAAAUCAUGCCAAGUGACUGAAAAUUUACAUGUAUCUUUUUAAGGUAUUUCAUCCAUUAUUAAGUGGUAUUUACGCCCGGUGACAUAGCUUAGUAUUAAUUGAAAACAUUUUUAGUGUAGAGAAAAAUAUGGCAUAAUGUUAUCAAUGAUAGUAUCACAUGAUCGCAUUUCGGAAUCAAUAUUUAAAGAAGUGAUGAUAUCUGUUUCUAAAAUAAUACCGUAAAUGACUGGGUAUAAGACGAUAGGGGGUAUUAGACGCAGGCAAAAUAAUCUGUGAAAAAUCUGAGAAAAAACUUUUAAUCUAAGUUUUGGGUUAAAGGACGCAUAGAAAAUAUGUCAAAAUUGUCUGCCAAUCUUGGCCACCAUGUUUGUUGACAGUAACGAAAACCAUUUUUUUCGUGAAAAUGGCGAUGGUUAUCAUUAAAACCAUACAAUGAUAAUGCAAAAUAUGUUUCAUUUUUAUUUGUUUUAUGUGAGGAUAGGCACUGAAAAUUACUUAGUGUGACAAUUUGUUUCUGGAUGGCACUGAAAUGUACCUUUUAUGACUAUUUGUAAGAUUUCUUUCUGACAGUAUAUCGUAAACGAUAACCUUUCGAGAAUGAAUAGGGAAGUUACUGUAUGCAAACACUUUAUAUUGUAUGGGCUUGUUCUCAAAGUGUCAACACCUACAGAAAAGAAUUAAAAAAAACAUGGAAAAGUGUGAAAAAUCAUGACCAUUAUUGCAUCAGUUUGUAGUAUUGGUAUGUUAAACAGGUCAAAAGGCAGUGCAAAUUUUUCACACCUUAUCAUACAACUGACAAAAAUAUUUUGACAGUGCCUAACUUUGCUUUUUUAUAUGCAUGUUUAAUUAUUGUUUUAUUCAAAAUAAUUUUGAUAACUUAAAUCGAACAAUUUUUUAUUUUUAAUUGUAAACAUCUAGCGAUAUACCGUAUCCCGAUCUUCAACUGCCGUUUUAACCCGUAUUUUUUUACAUCGAAAUCUGAGGGAAAAAAUGCGUCUAAUACCCAGUCAUUUACGGUAGUCUGAUUAUUCAGUUAAGACAAAUUCAAUUCUUUGAAUAAAAAAAUAUAUUUCAAUCAAGUAUGAACUGAAAUUAUUGUCAAUGAAUUUAUGACAUCCUUUCAUUUUUGCUUAAAGAUACGAGGGUCCUAUUAUGAACAAAGUAAUAAUAGCUUCAAGCUUAAUGUUUGCUGCUUAUUUUUAAAAACCUAUCCCAUCUCAAGUCAGUUAUGAUAGAACCUACAUAAAGUAAAUUCUAAAACUUGUAUGUAUUAAUCAUGUUCUAACUAAGCAUAAAUGAUCCUUAUUAUAACAAGGUAGCUCAAAAUCAUUCACAUAUGAAUACUUAUUUAGAUAACAUACAAUUUAAUUAUGAUGGUCUAUGGAGUUUGAGCUUUAAUUCUUGGCUUUGUGUGAGUUCAGUUACUUGGCAUGAUUUAACAUGUUGGCUUGUAUAUUUUACAAGAUUGAAAUAGGCAGCUCUGGUUUCUGUGAAGAAGUGUUAUUGAUUUGAUUUGUAAAUACACUCAUUGAAAUGUGCUAUGCUGUGUGCAAUUAUUUUGUACAGUUAUUGUUAUUUGAUUCUCAUUAAUGUUCACCUUUUCAUGUUAAGUGGAAUUGGAUCUUGAUUAGAUUUGCGGUGUCGACGCAUUAUGAAAAAAAUAUGUAAUACAAUGUUUGGUGUCCAUAAUCAAUGAAUGAGGAAAAAUUGCUUGUCUUUUGCAAAUUGUUUAUUUUUAUUCACUCAUUGAGUGGUUUAAAUAAAAAAAAAUUUUUUUUACUAAUGUGCCACUAGAUUUUUCACGAUCAGUCAAUGUAGGACCUGAACUUACAACAUGUUAAUAUUAAACUACAAAAAAAUACUAUGACAAAAACAGUGUUUUGUACAUACAUUUCUUAAAUGUUAAUUUUUUAUGUUCUAAAAAAGUUUCCCUGAAACAUUAAGGACCGUCUGAUAGAAGUCAUAUCCUCGAAAUAUACUCGACAUGAGGAUUUGAUGACGACCCAUAGAAGGUAACUCUCUGAAGACCUUUUUAACAGCCUGUCAGGUGCCUACUUUCAUAUCAUUGUUAGUGAACCUUAAGAAUUAAUCGGUUAUUCUCCGGCAAUAUUCCAUCUUUAAUUUUGGAGAUUUAACUUAAACAUUUAAGCAAAUUUUUUAAUAUUGAUUUGUGUAAAACAUAAUAGCAGAGUUAUGAGGGCUCCUGACUACAAAGUAUAAGGUAUAUUGUAUUGUUAGUUUGACUCUCACUUAAACCACUAAUGUUUGUCAAUUCUUAAGAAAACUAUUUAUAGCAAAACUUUUAAUUGUCAAUUAUCCAGUAGUACUCUUGUAGUGUUAACAAAAUGUGUGCUGUGGGUGUAGACUAUGUUCCUUUUUAAAAAUAGAAUUAUCUCAAUCUGAACAAGAGCACCGCGGAGUGGGUGCCAACGCUCGUCUGAUGAAAUUCCAAGUCGAAAAGGGGGGAUAACUCAAUAUUAAUUAAAGGCAAAAUUAUAUGACCUGCUAUAAACAUGCAUAGUGUUAAUAGGAACACGUGUAGCAAGUUUAAUGUGAAAAUGUUGAACGGUUUUUGAGUUAUGAGGUAAGGUUAAAGUUUUUGGACGACGACGCAGACGCAGACGACGCCGACGACGCCAAGGCUAUCACAAUAACUCGACUUUUUUUCUUCGAAAAACAGACGAGCUAAUAAAAAAACUUGGUAGAAUAUGAGUAGUACAUCGCAAAUUUAUUCUUAUCGGCGAAAUACGAAUAGCAAUUUUGGAAAUUCAGAACUUUUGCAAUAUAAAAACUAAUGGGUCUUCAUCAAAUCUUCUUGUGAGGAAGAUGGCAUUAAACAUUAUCUUCAGAGUUUCAUUUAUUUCAUACUUCAGAGUUUAGCAUGUUUAAUUUUGUAUGAAGAAUUCAAUAAGAUCUUGAAUGCACAACUUAAUUUGUUGAACUAUAAUAAAAUUCAGUUUGGAGACUUUGAAGGCUUGAAAAAAAAAAGUUCAUGUUUUUGAAAUAAAAAAUCACAAUUGUUUAUGUUUGAGGAUGUUGAAGUAAUAAAUUUUCUUGUAAAAUGUU